AUGUCGUACAAGCGCGUCAACACUGCCAACGCUCGGCUCUCGCAAGUUUCUCGUCAAUUCCACUCGACCCACCCAGCUGCCAUGAGCGCCUCGCCUCCCACCCGCGCUUCGGGUACCUCGAACGGCGGCGCCGGUGGGGACAAGCUCGUCAAGCUGCUCUCGGAAGGCGGACUGCGCACCAUCCUGCUCAACCGCGAAAAGGCGCUCAACGCGCUCAACCAGGAGAUGGUCGAUCUCAUCGAUCGUGCGCUCGACGAGUGCAUCCAGUCAUCCAACUGCAACGUCAUCCUCCUCCGCGGUGUCGGCCGCGCGCUGUGUUCUGGCGGAGACGUGCUCGCCGUCGUCAAAGCCGCCGAUUCGCCUGACGCCAAGACCCGCAACACGGCGUUGGACUUUUUCAGCUCCGAGUUCCAGCUCGACUACAAGAUCGCCAGGUUGGGUGAAGCGGCCAACGCGCACAGUGCCGGCCAGGGCGCCGAAGAUGCACGCACGCUAGCCAAGAGUAAGGGGGGUGAUGUCAAGGCCCCCAAAACGUUUGUGUCGGUUAUGGACGGCAUCACGAUGGGUGGUGGCGUGGGGUUGAGCGUUCAUGCUCCGUUCAGGAUUGCGACGGAGCGCACGCUGUUUGCGAUGCCCGAGACGGGUAUCGGUUACUUCCCGGAUGUCGGCGUGACGAGGGUGCUCGCUCGACUCGACGGCCGCGUGGGGCAGUACCUCGGAAUGACGGGCGCGCGUAUCUCGGGCGAGGAAGCAUACCUCGUCGGUCUCGCCACGCACUACGUCACCUCGACCAGCAUCGACUCCCUCGCUCACCGGCUCAGCACGUUGCCCGCCGAGUCCGCGCUCAACCCGGCCUUGGUCUCCUCUGCUCUCCACGAGUUCUCUGCCGACCCGCUCUCCGCAAAGGACACGCUCGCGAAAUCCGCCCUCUUUGGCGACCGCCGCAUUGCUCUCGAUUACGUCUUCGGCCAGCUCUCGUGCGAGUCGAUCUUCGGGUGUCUCGAAGAGAUCGCCUCGGGCCAGUCCGACUCGCAAGCCGCAACGGAGCUGGCGCAGCUUGGGUUGGCGUCGAUCACGCCCGAGGUGCAGCAGUGGGCGACGACGACGCUCAAGGAGCUCAAGACAAAGUCGCCGCGCUCGCUCAAGGUUACGCACCAGGCGAUCCUCGAGGCGCGCAGGUUUGAUGUCGAGGAGGCGUUCCGGUUCGACAUGCGGCUGGCGACGGCGUUUUGCGAUCUGUCGGUGGGGCGCGACUUCUACACGGGUGUGACGCACGUUUUGGAGCGCGACCCGGCGACGGGCAAGAGGCGGACAGGCGUUGCGGAUUGGGACCCGCGCUCGCUGGACCAGGUCAAGGACUCGCAGGUCCGCGCGCUGUUCUUUGCAGACCUCGAAACCGCGCGCAGUGCAGGCUUGAAGCUCGACCUACCCCAGCUGCCCAGCAUCCCGCAGCCCGCCAGCAGCAAAGAGGCGCGACAGGCACGCGACAGUCUUCUCCGCGGCAAAGGCCCCCUGAAGUGGGAACAGAGCCACAACGUCUUUGCGCUUCCCAGCGAGGCCGAGUGCGCAGCCCUCCUCGAGGGCAGCCACCCCGCCGCUGCCGCCGUCGUCCCCGACAGCAGCGAGCUGGUGGAGUGCCUCAAACGGCACAAGGGCGAUUUGCCCGGGUUGGAGUUCAAGGUCCGCGACUGGCUGGAGCGUGUGCAGCGUCAGAAGAAGUAA